CUGAUAAAGUUGAGUUGAGAAGCAGAGAGAGAGAGAAUCAUAUCUGGAAGGAAAACAUGGACGAGGGCAUGUCAGGCUUUUUAAUGAGAUCAGGAAGUGUCCGUGGGAAAAGUGGAAGCACUGCUUCUUCUGCCACUGGCACCAAGUGUGGGCGUUGGAAUCCCACAACCGAACAGGUUAAACUUCUAACUGAACUCUUCAGGUCAGGGCUCCGAACCCCAAGCACUGACCAGAUUCAAAAGAUCUCCACUCAGCUCAGCUUUUAUGGUAAGAUAGAGAGCAAGAAUGUCUUCUAUUGGUUUCAGAAUCAUAAGGCCAGAGAAAGACAGAAGCGCCGCAAGGUCUCCUUUGACGACAAGGAUGUCGUCAUUCGUAGACAAAACUCCUUCAACACUUCCUCACAAAGUCUUGCUGAUAUGUAUCGAGUUUCAGAGCCAGAUAGAGUGAUUGAGACGCUUCAACUCUUUCCCAUAAACUCCUUCGGUGAAUCUGAACCGGAGAACCUGAGGUUACACGGAAAUGAAUGUAGGGAUAGUAGUACAAUGUUUUCAUGCACGAUGGAUGAAGAAAUAGAGCACCCACCAUUGGAGCUGCGCUUGAGCUUUCUGUAAAAUGGUGGUGGAAGGCAAGAAGAUUUUUAAGAAAUUCAUUGUUGUUCCUUGGUAGAAUUAGGUUUGGCAUAAAGGAAACAUUUAGGGGUGUAUCAUGGACCGUUAAGACAAUAUGUAAUUUAUCAGAUUAAUAUUUACCUAGUGAUGCUAAAU